CAGCUGCUUUUUGUUACAACACAAUCUCAGUCUGUUCUGAGCGUAUCCUUCUCUCUUGUCUCUCUUGUUACUGGACCAGCACAAACACAACAUCUUCAGCUCUGUGCCUAACAACAGAUUCAUCUGGAACAGCUGAGACAGCAGCUCUCGACAGGAUGAAGGCCGUGAUUGUGUUGCUCGUACCUCUUCUGCUUCCCUUGGUCUCUGCUCAGACAUUUCGUUGGGGCCCCUGCCCAACACCAAUGGUCCAGCCAAACUUUGAAUUAAACAAGUACCUUGGAAAGUGGUAUGAAAUUGAAAAGCUACCAGCAUCCUUUGCGAAAGGCAAGUGCAUUGAGGCAAACUACAUGCUAAGACCUGACAACACUGUCCAAGUUGUCAAUGUUCAGACAUACAAAGGAAAAAUUAGAAAAGCAGAGGGCACAGCGAUCAUUCAGGACCUGAGGGAGCCAGCAAAGCUUGGACUCAGUUUCUCUUACUUCACUCCCUACACCCCAUACUGGGUCCUGUCUACUGACUACAGCAGCAUAGCACUUGUUUAUUCAUGCACUGAUGUUCUCCGGCUCUUCCAUGUGGACUAUGCUUGGAUCCUGUCCCGCUCACGCAUUCUGCCCCCAGAGGCCAUCUAUCAUGCCAAAGAGACCUUCUCACGUGACAAAAUCGAUGUGAGCAAAAUGAUUCCCACAGAUCAGCACGGAUGCGACGGUCCUAUUUAACCAGUAAAAACUGAAAUAUAGAUAUAUUUUUUGGUGCCUCACUAUUACUAUUAUGAUUGAAAAGGGUUUGAAUUAUCAUAAAGCUACUCAUAUUAUAUUGUACUCUGUUAUAAAUGUUUGGUAUUUGUCUUUGUUACUCUUAACUAAUUUUCUAAAGCAAUCUCUGGCUUUGAUAAUGUGCUAUAAAAUAAUAUUCAUUAUUAGCCUAUUAUUCAUAUGACAUAAACCAUCUGAACCCAGCUGGCACAUAUUUUGCUCUAUAUACAUAUUUUUGCACCUCUUCAAAUAAAUAAAUUAAAGCAUUA